GACCCUCCGCACUCCCCCCUCUCACAAACAUCUCGAAGAGGCCGCUUCCGACGCGCUCGGCCACGAUUGCGUCCCAUAGAACGAUGACACACGAUCCGGACGAGGAGGGGGGGGUUCCGGGUGCGUGAACGCCUCCCGUGCUCGAUUCUAUUACUAAUCACUUCUUUAUCGUGACGCGGAGAGGGGAGAGGGGGACGAGCGAGAGCAGGACGGGACGGAGGAAGCGGGGCUAACAUUGCGCCGCGUUCCCGUUAUUCUCGCCCUCAGAUGCCGUCUGAGGGCGCGAGGGUCCUGCGUAUGGCGCGCUAUGCGUCAUAGGCUAGCCCUCAAUAGCCCUUUGGCUGUCGCGCGUCGACCCACGCCCCUGCUAAUAGCGAUCAGCGCGGGUGGCGGGCAGCGCUCAUCCUUCCCCACCCCUCCCUGCGGUCGUGGACAACCGCCUCUGCUGGGAUUCGCCGCGUCGCGCAGGAUGCACUCGGUGCGACCGAGCGUACUGCUCAGCGUAUCGGGCGCGGGGCCGACCCACAGCUUGCUCAGCACUCGCAGCGCGUUCCGCGCACCCGCCUCCUUUCCCAGGCUGUCGCCGGGGAUGAGCUGAGGGGCUGGGGAGGCUGCUCACGCGAUCGUAUCCAUGCCUUGGCAACGCGCGGAUGCGGCGGGGAGGUCCAGGGCCCUAGGUGGCGG